GCGGGCGCGGGGGAGGGGGGCGCCGGGCGCAUGCGUCGCUCCUCGCCUCCCGCCGCCGGCCGACAUCCCUCUCAGUAGAGUCGCGGACAUCGGGAGUGCUGGACGUGUCGUCAUGUGCCGCGCUCCAACUUUCGCGAGCAGUGACGUGAUACGAUACUAUCGUAGCAAUACUGUGGAAGUUACCGGCUGACGUUUAUGGGAUUGUGGUGCUUGUGAAAAGUUCACGGUGAAAGUUAUGAGAGUAAAACGAUAGAGGACGUUCUAAUAAGCGGUGACAUUAGUGAAAUUGACAUGAAAAUGAGGUGUUUACUGGUGAUAAUGAGUGUAGUGGUGUGGAACACGACGUCGGCGGGCAUCGCGCCCCCGGGCUCGUGCCCCGCGGUGUGCGCGUGCAAGUGGAAGGGCGGCAAGCAGACGGUGGAGUGCGUGGAGCGCGCGCUCAUCACCGUGCCCGAGCUGGUGGACCCGGCCACGCAGGUGCUGGACCUGUCCGGCAACAACCUGCAGAUCCUGCCGCAGGAGGCCUUCGCGCGCACCGGCCUCGUCAACCUGCAGCGCGUCUACCUCCGCAGCUGCAACAUCGGACAGAUCAAUGAGCGCGCCUUCAAAGGACUCACUAACUUGGUGGAACUGGAUCUCUCCAACAAUUUGCUCACACAAAUACCUGCUCAUAGCUUCAAGGAUGCCCCCUUUCUGAGAGAUUUGUCAUUGGCUCACAAUCCGGUCCUCAAAGUACACCCGGACGCAUUGAGCAAUCUAGGCAGCGUUGUAAAACUUGACCUAUCGAGCUGCGACAUAAGAGAUAUUGCGCCCGAAGCUUUUAGAAAUAUGCGAUCUCUGGAAUCGUUAAAGCUCAAUGGAAACAAUCUCAGAGAUUUGCCGAUAAGCUCGCUCGAAAAAGUUGAGAAGUUACGGGCUAUCGAUCUGUCCGAUAAUCCUUGGACUUGUGAUUGUCGUCUACGCGAGAUGAAGAUGUGGCUGGCGAAGCGCAAGCUGCUGGCGACGCCGAGCUGCUCGGCGCCGGGGCGGCUGGCGGGCCGGCCCUUCUCCGAGCUGGCCAUCGAGGAGUUCGCGUGCAAGCCGGAGAUCCUGCCCGUGAGCCGCCACGUGGAGGCCGCCGUGGGGGAGAACGCCACCAUCACCUGCCGCACCGAGGCCGUGCCGAGCGCUAAUAUUAAUUGGUACUUCAAUGGACGUUUAUUGAUGAAUGGAAGCAAUCUCAACUCUCAUCAAAAGAUUUUCAUAUUUGAGUCGGGAGAAAACAAGAAAAAAUCUUCAUUGGUCCUAACGAAUACCCAACAGUCCGACUCGGCGGAGUUCUAUUGUGUGGCAGAAAAUAAAGGAGGGAAUUCUGAAGCGAAUUUUACGUUGCACGUUACUAUGUUGGCUGCGGGAAUGGCGUCUUUAGGGAGCGCGCAAAUAGCCAGUCUAGGAGCCGCCUUAUUCUUAGUGGCAGUCAUUGUUUCGUUGGCUGUCCUUAUUAUGUUUGUACGCUUUAGAAAUGCACCCAUCUGUGAGAGCAAAACACCGAGCACUCUAGACCGAGUCGUGUCUGGGAACGAAGUACACCCGGCCUCAGUUGACAAGCCAUGCGUGGCGGCCCUGGGAAGCAGGGACGAGCUCCCGGGGGUCAGCGACCCCAAGUGUAACCCUGUACAGAAACCGCCAAGAAUUGGCGACAUUCCUUACACGACCAACCAUUACGAGGGUCGAGGGAGUGUAGUGACUGCCGGUGGGCCGUUAAUGGUAUCACCUACUAUGUCAGUGGCAAACGAUCCAGAUCUCAUCAACGACACGCGGCCAGAGAGCGCCGGGCGGCCGGGAAGUGGGGAGUACGCUCGAGAGGCAUCCGACUCGUUAUACCCAUCAGGUUUAUGGGACCAAAUGAAGAGAGAUCAGGCGACGAGCUUAGCCCGAGCUGUGAGUUCAGCGCUGCCCGCGUACUACACGGACCGGACGCCGAUCAUGGAGAGCUCGAGCGUGGAGGGGUCGCAGGAGGAGCUGGGCUACAUGAGCCGCACGUUCCCGCGAGCGCACGCGGCGGCGGCGGCGGGCGGCGGCGCGGGCUCGGGGGACGCGCCCUACCCCGCGGACUACGGGCUGCCGGUGGGCGGCGCCCGCACGCUGCGAGUGUGGCAGCGCGCGCCGCCCGUGCUGCCGCCGGUCUCCGCGCUCAAGCGGGUGCUCGCCACCAGCCGGCACUCGCCCGACGAGGGCUACCAGGAGGGCUGUGCCACUGACGUAUAAACUCCCCCUGUAUAUAGGUGAUUGUAUGAAAAGAACUCAUGGAAUUGUAACAUGCCAAUGUUAAGCAUAGAUUAAUUUAAAUGUUAGAAGUUUUUGUACAUAUAUAAUUUAUUUAUAGACUGAUACAGGAAAGAGAUAUAUUGGACCCUCUUUCGAGGGGUCCGUGACUGAUUAGUUGAAGGAUGGUUGUGUACAUAUAGGAGUAAGUAUGUGAUACGGAGUGGAGUCGUGUAUGUUCGCCAAAUAAAUAAUUAAAGAUUAAGAUGAUCUUCUUCGAUGUUGAAAAUGAUAGGUACCUUCAAAUGUUAAUAAAUACUUAAUUAUAUGUGUGAGAGUUAAGCAUAUCAAAUGCAUUUAACUUGCCUAAUAUCCAAAGAUGUUGGUUUCGCUCCGUGAUGAGUUGUAUUAAUAUGUUUCACGUUAUAGUAUUGUACCUAUAAAUUACUAUGUAUUGUGUUGUCAAAGUGGAACUAACAUUGUACCUAAGAUGAAAAAGAGUAUAAGAAUAAACAGUUUACAUGGCGAA